AUGGCAAGAAGAAAAGAUGGAAGGUUGGUUUCACCAAAAUGGAAAAAUUUUAAGGGAUUGAAACUUCAGUGGAGAGAUAAAAUCCGUCUCAAUAACGCCAUCUGGAGGGCCUGGUACAUGCAGUACCUGGAGAAGCGCAAGAACCCCGUGUGCCACUUCGUGACUCCGCUGGACGGCUCCGUGGAUGUGGAUGAGCAUCGCCGGCCAGAGGCCAUUGCAACAGAAGGGAAAUACUGGAAACGAAGAAUUGAAAUAGUCAUCAGGGAAUACCACAAGUGGAGAACAUACUUCAAGAAAAGGCUACAGAAACAUAAAGAUGAAGAUCUUUCAAGUUUGGUCAGGGAUGAUGAUGUGGUUCUCUGGCAAAAAAGAAGGUAUGGCAGAGAAACCCCAGUCCCUAUGGAGGAAGGCAGCCUCUUGGAUGCAGACAUGCUCAUGUCCGAGUUCACCGACACACUCUUCUCCACACUGUCUUCACAUCAGCUGGUUUCCUGGCCAAAUUCCAGGGACAUAGGACACUUAGGAAAUGCUGACAUGAUUCAACCAGGGCUUAUUCCUCUCCAGCCAAACUUUGAUUUUAUGGAUACUUUUGAGCCUUUUCAGGAAUUAUUCACGCCCAGUCGCUCCAAUAAUUAUUUCCCUUCUGUGUCUGCUGUCAGCUCAACCACAACAGACAGCAGCAGCCACUCCUCCCAGUCUCCUGUCCUGCCGUCGGGGUCGUUGUCCAACACGCUUCCAGCAGGGAACAUGGAUGAUGGACUGAUUGCUUCCUCAGUACCUGCUCCCGUCAUUCCUGACGUUGGCACUGACCAGUGUUCCAGCAUUAGAAGUGGGGGAUCUUUCAUCCAGCCACCGGACUUCUCUCCAGACUCGUCUCUCAGCGGGCCACAAACUUUCAUGCCAGUGUUCCAGCCCCCCCUGCCGCUGCUUCAGCCUGCGACUCCACAGCACCAGUCCCCGCUGCCGGCGGUGCCCCUGAGCCCUGCACCGGCUGCCUUUGCUGCACCAGAAACCCCCAAGUUUGGGCUCUGUGAAUCUACAGUGAUCACACACACAGCUUCUGCCACGCUGACCAACAACGCCCCUGCCACCACCUUCAGCCAGAGCCAGAACGUCGUCCUGGCCACGCAGCAGCCGGGGGCAGGAGUGCCUUGUAACCUGGCUUUCCAGACUACUGUUGUGCAGGGGCAGCCCCGGCCCCAGCUCCAGAACCAGCUGACAUUUGCACUCCCCAAAGCUGUUCCUCUGGCCAGUGCUGGGACAAGGCCCAAACAGUCACAAAAAAUAGUGCCUGCUCCAAAGCCUGAAACAGUGUCCUUAUUGGUAAAGAAUGCCUUCAUCACCCCAGCUGCCUUUCAGGGACAGUCCAGAGCUGUGAUUGUAACUCCAGCACCUUUAAAAAGAGAGGGGAUUUUGACGCCAGCCACGUCUCAGUCUAAUGUUGCAAUUGCACCAGCUGGAAUUGUCAGAGCUCCCGGGGUGACGGAGUUCCGUAGUAACAUUCUGGUUGGUCCAGCACAGCGAGCACCAAGUAGUCAACAAAGCCAGUCCACAGUCUCACAUCUCUUCUCUCCUAGUGUAGUCCAGGAUGUGUUGGUGAAAGGAGAGCACAUCCCUAACCACAGUUGCAGUUCACAAGUUCCCUCACCUACACCUAGCCGGGACUGCCAGAAUUCAGGCCAAGCUUCCCCCUGCACCUCUGAGCAGAGCCCCAGCCCUCAGUCUCCUCAGAACAGCUGCUCAGGAAACCCUGCCACUGACCCUACUAUGGCUGCAUUUAAGAAUCGAAGGAUGAAGCAUCUUUCGGAGCAGAAACGAAGGUCUAAUAUCAAGAUUGGUUUCAGUGCCCUGAGCAGUUUGGUGUCAGCCAACUCCAAGUCGAUCAGCCAUGCAAUCACACUCCAGAGAGCAGUAGAAUAUAUUGCUAAACUGCAGCAGGAAAGGACCCAGAUGCAAGAGGAAACCAGGCGCCUCCGGGAGGAAAUCGAGGAGCUGAACGCCACGAUCAUUUCGUGUCAACAGCAGCUCCCGGCUACCGGGGUUCCCGUGACGCGGCAAAGGUUUGACCACAUGAGGAGGAUGUUUGAUGAGUAUGUGAGGAGCAGGACCCUGCAGAACUGGAAGUUUUGGAUUUUCAGCAUUAUUAUUAAGCCAUUGUUUGAGUCCUUCAAUGCGAUGGUUUCCACAACAAGCUUUAAGGAUCUGAAUGAAACAGCACUGGCCUGGUUGGAUCAGCACUGUUCUCUUCCUGUUCUGAGGCCAAUGGUGCUGAACACCCUCCGGCACCUCAGCACAACCACAUCGAUCCUGUCGGACCCGUCGUGCCUGCCGGAACAAGCCACGGAGGCCGUGAUCAAGCUGAACAAGAGAGCUGGAGAAACCUAACAACCAAAGACACUGAGGUGCUUGUCCAUGGGGUGGAGAACCUGCCAGCCCCAGCCUGGUGAGGCUCCUGUCAGCCUGUGCACUUUAGAAAGGGUUCUCUCCACCACCCUGAUCGUUCGGGGUGUCCGGCUCUGCCUUCAGCCAACGUGCAACUGAUGCAGCACUGUCAGUGAUGCAGCGUUGUCCCAACAUUCUGAUCCCUCUCCAGUGCUGUGCUGGCUCCGUUCAGUGAGAAAAACACCAAGCUCAGGUAAACUCAGCAGGUUUGAGUCCUGCAGGCAGCAAUAUGUCUCCAUCAAUGCAGCAUUUUCAUCUGUAUGCAACAGAUCUCUAUGAAACACCUUCGAGUACUAAGCUCUCUGAAGUGUAAAUCCUGUACACCAAGGAAUGUGCUCUUCAAGGGGAAAAAUGAUUUUGAUUUCAUGAAGCGAAAUGUGCUCUUUAUUUUGUUUUCUGGUGUUCAGUUCCAUUUGUUUUACUUGAAUAGAGAAAAUUCUUAAACAGGAUCACACGAAAAACCAAAGGAGAAGAAAAAUCCGUUAAUGAUGUCAACUCAUGGCAAAAAUCCUAGAAUUAAAAUCUCAGGCUGUGUUUUGUGUAUUUUUAUUUUGAUGAGUGUAUCAUUGCAUAUGAUCAGACUUGCUUUAUUUUCUAGUAAAUAAAGUAGCUGAUUUUUAUUCUUUUUCCUGAUAUAGCCAUUGCAAGGGAGUAGCAGACUGUGCAGUAAGUGCAAGAAAGCAGUUUGAGAUUGGA